AUGAGUUCAUCACAGUUUUCUUCUCUCAGCUGUGAGUUGAGGAUCAUACAAGCCAAAAACACUGAGUUCAAGACCACAGGAAACCUGUUUGUCAGAUACUAUAUUUCAGCAGGAAACAAGGGAAGAAUUAGGCUCAACACUAGAGAAAUCUCCGCCAAGUCUAACCAUGUUUGGAACGAGUCCAUCUCGUUGGAGUGCUCUGGAAGCGAGAUGGAUGCCAUGGACAGCUGCCUAAAGCAAGAAAGCAUAGUUUUCGAGCUCCGCUGGAGGAGCACUGUGCCAGUUUUUGGCAGAAUUGGGGGGUCACAACUCUUGGGGAGGGCAGAGGUUCAAUGGAAGGAAGUCCUUGAGUCACCAAACAUGGAGUUGAACCAGUGGGUCUCAGUGGUUUCAACAAGCGGGCAUGCUCUUGAAGGUGUCAAACCACCUAAACUACAAGUAGGGAUCAAGGUUCGAGUUCAAGCAGACCACGUGGAAUUGGAGAAAAGAAGACAGAGAAACAGAAGGAUGAAGAAGUGGGACGAGUGUGGUUGUGAAAAGGGUCAUGGUGACUGUUGCACUUGUUCAGAUUACGAAAUAUUUGCACUAGCAGCUGUCCUAGAGGCUUUUUAG